AUGCCCUUUCCGUCGCCCAAGGCUUUUGGCAAUGUCGUUGCAGUUCGUCUCAAGCGCCUCACAAAAAACGGACGCAUAAACAGUUCGACAGCCACCGACUCCCGGGGUGUAUCCCUUACUCGCAACGCUUCCAAUAUGGCUCAGCUAUAUUCGCCCUUCGUACAAGCUGCUGUAGGUGCAGUUCCAAUUGCCGGUCCUCCGAUGCAAGCUGCUAUUAGUGGACUAUUGGCAAUCCUUCAAGCUAUAGAUAGACGUGGUCAGAAUAAGGCGGACCUAGAUGACCUCGAAAUACGACUGCAUCAACUGAGCUGCCAUUUGUUGAACGCACCACCUGCCUGUGAUUCUCGUGAACAAUUGCGGAGGAAUUCCUUACAUACUGGAAGGGAUCUCAGCCCAACUGACAGAGCUGCACCAACAUGGUCUCGCAUAUACAUCCGCCACACGAGCGAUCACCGGAUGCUCCAGUCGAAUCGAUCGUUACCUGGCAGAUUUUCGUCUCAAAUGCAAAAUCAACAUGACAUGCGCGAAGUGUUGGCGAGUCAACAGAGGCAGCGGGAAGAUAUUCAGAAGGUGCUGAUGAUGGUGAUGAUCCGGCCUGAACAGCCCUCUAUGGGACUACCUGCAACUGUCGCGCUUGGCUGCGUCACACUGGUAGACGCAACAGGCCACGAACAUUCUAUAUCGGUGAACUUGUGCACCUCGUUUCAGCAACUGAACAAUAUGCUCCAAGUUCUGUUUCAACGUGAUUCGAUUGAAGCUCGAAUUCAGAAGCGUUACCUGGAAGGAGGAUUGUAUGAUUUAUGCAUCGACAAGGGCACUGAAGUAACCCAACUGACAAGCCAUGGAUGGUCAAGCAUCGAAGCAGGCACGAAAAUUGUCAUGAGAGUUAUCAUCGAACAGUUGACGACAUCAUCCAAGUCUAGAGUUCUCUACAAAUGCCAUUUCUGUCACGCUGAGAAUGACGUUGGUCUCGGGCCUAUAGAGCGUUCGUUUGAACGGCAGGCUGGUUGCUCGAUUGAUUGUCGAGUAUGCAAACGACGGUUUCAGGUCUCCCGUGUACCUCGCAGUGCGAUGCAGAGGACUCGAUCCUCUGACAUUGAUUCCAUUGACACGAUUGAUACGGAAAUGCGCCUCAUUCGCAAUUUUCACGUCCAGCAAACUGUAUGUUAUCUUGAAACUUCGAUGGCAAUGUUCAGCUGA